AGGAGAAAGCGGAGUGGGAGGGGCGCGCUGGAGCUUCGGCGCAAGCGCAGGGAGACCUGUCCCCGACCUUCAGCCUGGCUGCUAGCACCAUGUUCUCUAGGACUGGCGUCGUGGGGCUCUCGGUCUGGGCCUUGCAGCCACGAUGGGUCCAAGUUCGAAAUAUGGCAACUUUGAAAGAUAUUACCAGGCGACUAAAGUCCAUCAAAAACAUCCAGAAAAUUACCAAGUCUAUGAAAAUGGUAGCAGCAGCAAAAUAUGCCCGAGCUGAGAGGGAGCUAAAACCGGCUCGAGUAUACGGAGUAGGAUCUUUGGCUCUGUAUGAAAAAGCUGAUAUUAAGGUGCCUGAAGACAAGAAGAAGCACCUCCUUAUUGGCGUGUCGUCAGAUCGAGGGCUUUGUGGUGCUAUCCAUUCCUCAGUUGCCAAGCAGAUGAAAAAUGAGGUGGCUGCACUCACAGCGGCUGGGAAAGAAGUUAUGAUUGUUGGAAUUGGUGAUAAAAUCAGGGGCAUACUUCAAAGGACUCAUUCCGACCAGUUUCUGGUGACAUUCAAAGAAGUGGGAAGAAAGCCCCCCACUUUUGGGGAUGCGUCAGUCAUUGCCCUAGAGUUAUUAAAUUCUGGAUAUGAGUUUGAUGAAGGCUCUAUCGUCUUUAAUCGGUUCAGGUCUGUCAUCUCCUAUAAGACAGAAGAGAAACCCAUUUUCUCCCUUAAUACGAUUGCAAGUGCUGAGAGCAUGAGUAUCUAUGAUGAUAUUGAUGCUGAUGUGCUGCUGAAUUACCAGGAGUACAACCUGGCCAACAUCAUCUACUACUCUCUGAAGGAGUCCUCCACCAGUGAGCAGAGUGCGAGGAUGACGGCCAUGGACAACGCCAGCAAGAACGCUUCUGAGAUGAUUGACAAAUUGACUUUGACGUUCAACCGCACCCGCCAGGCUGUCAUCACAAAAGAGUUGAUUGAAAUUAUCUCCGGUGCUGCAGCUUUGUAAAGAAGGAAAAUUCAGCCAGCUGAUUAUGUUUUUAGCUUACUGCUGUCUUUGGAAGAAGUUGUUGCUCCUUUGUUUGAAUUACUGAAGACAGCAAGAUAUUUGUAAAUUAUCUUACAAUAAACAACUUACAAUAA